UGGAUUAAGUUGUAAUCGUGAAUGUUAAGUCAAUAGGAAAAUUUGAAAGGUUUCUACAAAAUUAUCAUGUCUUAUGCUAAUCAUUCUUAUUUAUUUGUGACUGGCUUAACUUAAAAGAUUGUGAAAGUUUCAUCGUGGUGUUAGACUACUUAAGGAAUGGUUUAGUUAAAAACUUGUUUCAAAAGUAGUAUCCAUAUCUGCUCACAAAAAAGAGGGAAAGAUCUCCCAAUAAUGAUGGACGGUACCACAGAGGAAAAAUCAACUCUAAGCACAAUUGAUGAAGACUACCCACCAUUAAGUCCAAUUGUUGAAAUAGAUGAAUCUAGUGUCAUUGAAGAUGACAGUAAAAUGUAUUUCAGCAUGGACAAUACAAAACUAGACUUAGAAACUUCAUGUGAAACCCUAGGAGAUAGUAAAAUGUACUUUAGCUUGGACAAGACCAAACUAGAUUUAGGAACUUCAUGUGAAAAUUUAGCAAAUGGGAAGUCUCCGCCAGAAACUCCUCCUGAGGUUCUGCGAGUGCGAUUGAGCAGCCUUCAGAGUGAAUUUGAAGAACUGAAAGAGUUUACUGAUUUGGAGAAACAGACCUACCACUCUGACUGUAUACCCAGGGACCAGGUGAAAUCAUUGGAAGGAGACUUAGCAUCGCUAAAUGACAAGCUACAACAAUUAAUGGAAGAAAACGCAGAGUAUAAAAAUAAACUGGAAAAGAAUAAAGAUGAACAGGUUAAUCUUAAGUCACAGCUAACGAAAGCUUGGAAACUUCAGAACAAAAGUAUGACUUUGAUCGACCAGAUUAAGUGCAAUGUAAAAAGUAGUAUGAAGAAAAGCUGUACAAUUGAGGAAAUUGAGAUUAUUCCACCAUUCCCGUGUGUGAUAAAAUCUGAAGAAAACAUCAAUGACCCUCAAUUUGACAGCUAUGAUCAAACAAUGUUAAAUUCACUUAAACAUCUUUCGGAUUUAGUUGAAACAUUUGUACAAGAUAAGAAACUGAUGCAAGAUAAAUUAGAGGAACUACAGUCAGAAUCUUAUGAAUUAAAGAAACAAAUUAUAGCUUUAAAUGAAAAUGAACAAAAGCAAAAGGAGAAUAUAAAUUUGAUUAGAUUUCAUUGUUCUAAUUUAGAAAAUAAAAUGGCUAACAUUGAUUCAGAACUAGCAGAAUUUUCAAGAAAGUUAUUAGAAUCAGAAAGUAAACGGGUAGAAGCAGAAAUGACAAAAGAUGCUGUAAAGAAAGAUAUGUGCAGUCUGAAAUGUGAAAUGGAUAAUAUACAAGAACAAACCAUGUCCAUGAUUAAUACACUUAGCAAUACUGUGACUUUGUUGAAUGAUAACUUUGUCUCUGAUGAACACAUUGAAUCUCUUAAAAGCAUUUUAUUGAAUUCUUGUGAUUUGCAUGCUAUCUCCAACAGCCUUGCAAUUCUUGUAGACAUUCUUCUAAACUCCAAAAAUGAACUUAAAAUUAAAAACGAAAAAUGUUGGGAGUUGCAAUCAAAUAUCAAACAAGCCAAUGAUCAACUAAACAGGAUUGAGCAAGAAGUAAACGCAUAUCAAACAGAGAUAAAAUGGCUCAAAGAAGAAAUUGACCAAAGAAUUCCCUCACAUUUAGCUGAGCUGGAAAAUAGUUUGAAAAAUAAAGAUGAAGAAAAUUUGGCUUUAAACAAUAAUUUAGAAGCAGCAUUGGCUCAUGUGGAUAAGCUUGUAAACAAUAUUCCCGAACAACAGUUGAAAAUAAACAAUUUAGAAAGUUCAUUGAUGAAAACUAAUUUGGAAAAAUCUCUAGAUAAAGAAAGUACACAGAACCACAUUCUUUCGGCACUUAACUGUCUAGAAAAUAUAAUACUGUCCUGGGAUGAGAAAUCCAAAAUUGAAGACCUGGUUGAUGCACUGAAGAGAAAUGAAGAUGUCUACAGUGUUUUCAGCUUAUUGAUGGAUGUUCAGAAUCAAACUGUUUGUAGUGAAAUUGCAGCAAAAUACGUGACCAAAUUGCUUCUUCACGACAAGAACUUAAUUUUUAAAUCUGAUUUAAAUUUCAAACACUUGGCUGAUAAAAUUAACUUCCUUCAGGCUGAAAAUCAAAAGUUAAGAACUGAAGUCAAUGUGUUAGCUGAUGUUGUCAGGGAAAGGAUUAACAAAGUUGAUGACCUAGAAAAAUUGGUAAGUAAUAUGAACAACAAAAAUAUUCUUGUGGAAGCCAACAGAGACAAUCAAAUUGAACAUAAAGAUUCUGUAAUGCUGGAACACAGUGAGGGUGUCAAGGUGCCUAAAGUUUAUAAUGAAGAUUGUGACAAAUUUAAGAAGGAAAUUAAUAACCUAAACAAAGCAUCAAAACCAGACAAUGUAGCAGAGGGAAAUGUAUGCAAUUUGAAUGAAAUAGAAAAUCUGAUAGACUCUUGGGACCCUUCAGUUACAGUCCAAGAUGGAGCCUUGUUUCACUAUAUAAAAGAAGCAUUACUUAAUUACUGGGGCAGUCAGAGCACAAUAUUGAAAAGCGAUUCAUUACGAAUUUGGAAUAAAUUUGAAGCAAAACUCAUUAAAAUCUUUGAAGUUUACAACAAAGUACAUGGAAGUAAAAAAUCUCAUCUCAACAUCAUUGAAGAUUGUGAUAACAAUCAAGAUCUUUUCAAAAACACUAUUGAGAAUGGUGGUUUAAAAAAAGAUAUGGAGUUAAAAAAUGAACUUAAUGGGGAGAAUAUUGUAAAUGAGAAAGCAGAUCAACUGACAGCAAUAAAACAUGUAAUGGUGCUAGAAAUAACAAGCUUAGAUGAAAGUGAAAGUAAAGAAUCCCUUAUGAAUGAAUCUUUAGAAAAUGUAUUCAACAAACUCAUGUUCAUAAUAAUGAAAAAGGAAAAUGAAAUGUCUAAAAGUAUACACGAACAGAAACAGGAAGAGCUUUGCAAUUUUGAGCUUACGAUCGAAAACCUUAAUAACAAAUUGAAAUCUCAGGAUUCUUGGACAAAAGUUCUUGAAUCGGAAAACGACAAAAUUAACUCUGAACUUGCAGAUUUGAAGAGUUCAAACACGUUGUUGGAUAAUAAACUACAAGCUCUUACUAAAGAAUCAAGAAAUAAAAGUUUAGAAAUAAACAACAUGAACAGAAUAAUAUUGGAAUGCAAAACGGAAAACGAUUCCCUUACUUUGGAGUUGGAUAAAACCAGGGGGAUGGCAAACAAGUACAAGGCUUCAAUAAGUUCAUUAGUUGAAGAAAAUGAAAAGCUAAAAGAAGAAAAUUUAAACAAAUCUAAUGAUAUUAAACUUUUAGAAUCCGAGUUGAAUUCUUACUCUGAUAAGCAACAGGAGCAUUUGAGUAAAGAAACUUACACUCCACAUCAGAACAAUCUCACACAGAACAAUAAAGGGGAUUGUAAUGUGAUUGGAGUAAACCAAAUAAGUAGCACUGAUUACAGUUGCCCAGACUUAGUUAGAGAUCAGAAUGAGUUUGUUUCUAACUUUGAGACUUUCCUCUCAGAAGCACUUAAAAAAGAAAUAGAUUUUAUAAAAGAUACAUUGGACAAAAGUGGAAACAGUGUUACCGUUCAUGAAAUAUUGUCGAAAUGUGAGGAAAAACUGGACAUGCUAAAAGACAUCAUUCAAGCUAUUAGCAGUAAAAUAUUAACUGUGGAAAUGAGGUAUACAAAUGACCUUCAAAAAGCACAGUCUGCCCUUGAUUACAAAACAAAAGAGAUGCAAGAUCUAAUGCUGAGCAGUUCAAAAUUAUUAAGCGACUUUGAAUAUUAUGAGGAUAACAGAAACAGAGAAAAUGUUCAAGGUUUCCAGCCGAAUAGUAUAAUGUUGAUACAAAAAGAAGUUUGUCAAAUGAAAUCUGAAUGUUUAAAUCUCUCCAAUGUAGCGGAAGAUAUGGAAGAAUCAACUAAAGCUGGUCAGAGUAUUGUGCAGAACAUGAGGGAGAAAUUCAAGACCAUAAGAGAUGAAAACAAUAAGAUGGUGAAACUUGUAUUUGACCUGCGUAAAUCAGUUGAAAAAGAGCAGGAAAAAUGCAACCAACAGAAACAAAAGGUUGAGAAAUUAGCAAAAGAAAAACAAACGCUGCAAGCAAAAAACAUUAGUUUGGAGCAUAAAAUUAAGGAUCUCAAGUCCAAACUUUCUGAAACAAAAGCAGAUGUUUUAUCAGGUUUAGACAUAAGUUUUCCUUACAAUUUAUCAGAUAGUGAAAAAGUUGCUUUUGUGAACAAAACUCUGAAGAAGUAUUCAGAUACUCGACAAGUUUGCUUUAGUGCAACAGAAGAUUUGAGAUUUUUUGGUUACCAGUGUCAGUUAAUGUUGUCUUACAUUCAAACUAUUCAAAGAAUUGAGUACAAACAGUAUUUGACCUUACAGCAAAAAGAAUAUUUAGAAAAGGAAAAUAUCUUGCUAAAAGGACAACUCUCCGCUCAACAUAUAGAUAUGAACAGAUAUUUCAAUGUCAUAAUGUCAAAAUCACCGACGGUAAAAACACACAGCCAGGCAUUAGAAGUGAUUGGUCACAUAUUCACAGAACAUGACAUGUUGAAGAAGAACGUUCUUAAAGUCACAAACGAAUGUAAACUGAAGAAAGAAAAGAUGAUGGAGCAACAAAAAGAGCUGAGUUUGCUAACUAAAGAGAACUCGUCUCUUAAGUUCGAAUUGUCAAACUGUGAAGCUUCUGUUCGAAGACUGCGUUCUGAGCUACGGAACCUGAAUUCAAAAUGUAGACGGGAAAGCAUCACUUUUGAUUUAAUUGAAGCAAAGCAAGUGAAACUCGACGCUUCUGUUCAAACAGAUGGGCUUUGCUGCAAGAGGCUCCAGAAGAAAGUAAUGGAACAGAAAGAUAAUAUAGACAUCCUUACUGCAAAACUGGCUAAGAGUGAACAACAUCAACGGCCACUUGUGACGACUAAUCCUUACAACAAGCAAGUUACUUAUUUGGAAGGAGCACUUGAUGCGGCUAAAGAAAAGAUACACCGUCUAAACUCUCAACUAAAACGACAAGAGUGCAACAACAUAGAACUUCUGGAAGCUUUAAAAAGACAUGAUAGCUGUCAACAUAGGUUGGAUGAAAUGAAUAAAGAAAUUGAGAAGCUCAAGCAUGAUAAAUGGUCUACAAAAUAAUCAUAUUGGUGAAUCAGUGUUGCGGCUUUGCAGUUUUCCUUAAAAAAUUGAAAUAAAUAAUCACACGACAGAAGACAUGGAAUUGAGUCCACGAAUAUUGUUAUGAUGAGGUAAAACAUUUCCAAUUCCCACUGACAGUUCAAAAUCCCUGGACAGCUUUAAAUAAUUUAAACAAGAGACUGUUUGUAGGCUAUAAGAUUUCUCAGUUGUCGUUGGAAUAUCCUGUAUGGUGAUAGGGGUCUUGGAUGGCCAUGUAUGUUAAUCUUGAUUGCUUAAAUUAUUUAAUAUAAUGUGUUAUAAAUUAUUUGUUAUGAUAAAAUUCCAAAUCACAAGUAAAAAAGUAGUUUGAUUGGAAUGUUCCACACCUUAAUUUCUGCAAGAAGAGUUUUAAAAUGUAAAUAAUGUUUGACAAGUAACACAAUGAUAGAAAACUAGAAAG